GCUCCCCGUCACAGACCUCUCUCCAUUCCAGCAUCCCCUCCCGCAGACUGCAGGUGUACAGGCCCACCUCCAGAGCCCUUCCUGACACCCUGGCCUGAUGCCUGAACGGGCAGAGGGAUGUUCUCAGCCUGGAGACUCCAGCUCGGCGGAGGAACAAAGGGCUCCUAAUUCCACUGGUGUUCCGAUGAAGAUGGCCAGUUCCUCUGGCUCCUGGCUCUCCCGAUGCCUCGUCACACUCAUCUCCCUCCAGCUGCCCUCGCAGGCGUCAGGGGAUGCCGGCCAGUCCCGCCUGGCCCCGCUGGGGGGCACAGCCGAGCUGCUCUGCCCUCUCGUGCUCUGGCCGGCCACCGUGCCCGUGGAGGUGAGGUGGCUGCGGUCCUCCGCGCCUGGGCACCCCCAGCGCGUUCACGUGUUCCGGGAAGGGAAAGACCUGGAGGAAGGCGUGAUGCCGGAAUAUAAGGGGAGGACAGCGCUGCUGAGAGACGCCCGAGACGGAAGUGUCACCCUGGAAAUCCGCGACGUCCGACUGGAGGACCGAGGGCAGUACAGGUGUCAGGUCCAGAUCGGAAACCUGAGUCGAGAGGGCGUCGUGACGCUGCAGGUUGCAGUUCUGGGCUCCGAGCCUUACAUCCACGUGCAGAGCUACGACGCUGGAUGGAUCCAGCUGGUGUGCAAGUCUGCAGGAUGGUUCCCGAAGCCUUGGGCCCAGUGGAGAGACCCUCAGGGCAAGGUGUUUCCAUCGCUGUGGGAGACCCAUUCCCUGGAUGAAGCCGGCCUCUUCCGAACAGCAGUGUCCAACAGAGUCAGAGACAGCACCCUGGGGAAUGUGUCCUGCACCAUCCAGAACGUGGCCCUCGGCCAAGAGAGGACCACAGCUAUGGUCAUAGCAGCCCCAUCCCCAGGGAGUUUCUCCUCAUCGGAAGUGGCUCUUGCUGUCAUCCUACCUCUCCUGGGGAUUCUUAUCGUUUUGGGCAUUUACUUCAUCUGGAAGCAAAGAAGGUCCAGAGAUACUCUUCUGUUUGAACAGGCAGUGGAGGUAGAAAAUCUUCUCUCAGACCAUGCAAAAGAAAAAGGAAGACUCCGUAAAGCCCUCAAGAAACUCCGGAGUGAAUUGAAGUUAAAAAGAGCUGCCGCAGACUCAGGUGAGAGGUCCUUUCCCUGUCUCCCCAUCUCCACCUGCACCAGGAGGCCUCCGUUUCUCCAUCGCUUUCACAGUCCCGUUUUCUGUCUUUCAGGCUGGAGACGUGCCCGGCUACACUUUGUGGCGGUGACCCUGGACCCAGACACGGCGCACCCCAAACUCAUCUUGUCUGGGGACCGGAGAUGCGUGAAGCUUGGAGACACGAGGCAGCCCGUGCUCGACAACCCGCAGAGGUUUGACUUCGUGGUCAGCAUCCUGGGCUCGGAGCACUUCACGGCUGGCUGUCACUACUGGGAGGUGUCCGUGGCAGACAAGUCCAAAUGGGCCCUGGGGGUGUGCAGUGAGUCCGUGAACAGGAAGGGGAAGGUCACCGCCUCGCCCGCCAACGGACACUGGCUCCUGCGGCAGAAUCGCCAGGGCGAAUACGAGGCCCUCACAUCCCCGCCGACCUCCUUCCGCCUGAAGGAGCCCCCGCGCUGUGUGGGGAUCUUCCUGGACUAUGAAGCCGGAGUGAUCUCCUUCUACAACGUGACGGGCCGAUCCCACAUCUUUACUUUCACGCACAGUUUCUUCGGCCCCCUUCUCCCCUUCUUUGAGCCCUGCCUUCACGAUGGAGGGAAAAACAUCGCCCCUCUAGUCAUCUGUUCUGAACUCCAGAAACUGGAGGAACCAACUGUCCCCAAGCCAGAAGAAAGAGGCCGUGCCAAUGGAGAUGUGGCGCUGAUGGUGGCCCCCUCCCUGCUCCCCGCUCAGGCCCCCGAGCUCGUCCCCCUCAGGGAUGUGGUCCUGGCCUUGCCCUCUGACGUCGCCCCAGCCCUUCAGGGGCUCAGCGUUCCUUCUUUUUAGGGAGGAGCCUCAUCACCUGCUCCUCGGACCCUCCAGCCCGGGGCCCAGGGCUUCAGCCUCCUGGCCCAGCACCUGACUUCCGGGCCAUCUCUUCUCCUUUCCCCCAACCCAUGUCCCUUCGUGGUUUCCUUCUCCCACCUUUCUCCCAGGGCUCCCGUCGAAACCCUGUCUUCCUGCUGGGAACGUAGCGUUCGUCUGCCUUGUCCUGGGAGAAUUCCUAAAAUCUAAUGAACGACCGGAUUAGGGUUAGGUGGGAGUGUUGGAUGCGUGUCACUGAGACACAGGGGCUCUCCACUUAGGCUGCUAGUCGUCAAGUUAUGAUGCCCUGUCUUGACGGCUUAGGUAUCCCAAGAAUUGCUUUUCUCCUUCUCUCAGGUCAGGCCUCUGGUCCCCAAAGCCAGCUUUUUCAAGGUAAACCUGUUCUGGAUUACACAGCCUUCUUUCUUGUGGAACACGGGGCCGGGGCCAGAGAGAUUUUGUGAAAAGCCACCCUUUUCUGUUUCCUCAAAGUGUCUAUGGCAUCGUUUGGUGACAUCCAGAGCUAAUGGACAUGUUUUCAAAGCUAACGUGGUGAUAACCAGGUCUGGGAACUUUAAACGUGAUGGCUGUAAUUCUGAGAAACCCCCGGAAUGCAGUCGGGAAGCUGGGAAACACGGCUUCAGACGGAGCGAGCGGCCCAGCUGUGUGCGUGCCCUUGAAAAGGCAGCCGUGGGUGAGGGAUUCUGUGGCACUAGCCCCUUUGAACCCUCUCUGGGAUUCAGAGAGGCCCAGCUAGAAAAAGGGGCAGUUUUCACUAUCAACAUAGAAGCUUUUUUCCCAUUAAGACCAUUCUAUUGAAAGACCUGACUAUUUGUGUAGCAAACAGCCUCUUAGGUCAGAGUACUGAUUUCAAAUAGGAAGUUGGUAGCCCAGGGGUGAGCAUAAACUAAUGAAUCUGCUUUUUGGGCGGGGAUUGCAGAAAGAGGCCUAGUCACACUGCAUGUGGAUCUGACCUCUUUGUGAAGAUACUGGCUAGUCUGUGCCUUUGUGGAUAGGCCCACAGUUCUGCCCAACAGAAAGUGGGUCUGUCUGUCAAAAGUUCUCUCUGUUGGUGCUGUAUUAGGGUGUCUAGAGAAACAGAAUAUGUAUAGCUACACAUGGCCGGAAGACUAUGUAUAGUUGUUAUGAGGAAUUGGCUCACACAAUUAUGGAGGCUGGCAGGUCCCAAGAUCUAGAGGGUUAGCCAGCAAGUUGGAGGCCCAGGUGAGCCAGUGGUUUAGCUCCCAUCCAAGUCUGAAGGCCCAAGACCCACGAGACCUCAUAGUAUAAUUCCAAUUUGAAGGCUGAGAGGCUUGCGACCUAGGCAAAACCAAUAUUGCCGUUUGAGUUUGAAAGUAGGAAAAAGGUUGAUGGUUCACUCAGUCUGAAGGCUGUUAGGCAGGAGGAAUUUUCUCUUACUUGGAGGAGUGGUCAGCCUUUUGGUUCCAUUCAGGCCUUCAACUGAUUGGAUCAGGUCUACCCACAUUAGAGAGAGCAAUCUACUGUCCCCUGGCUACCUACCAAUUUGGAUGUCAAUCUCAUCCAAAAACCCUUACAGAAUUGCUCAGACUGAUGUUUGACCAGAUGUCUGGGCACCCCACAGCCCAGUCAAGGUGACACAUACAAUUAACUAUCACAGCACCCAAGUGGAAUUUGUCGUUUGCUUUUGUGCAGUCCUUAAAUAAAAGUUUGGUAUUCA